AAUUUUCCGAUUCACAGAGCUUGAUUAGAGUAUUGCAGUACUGUAUAAUUUUCUCUAUAAAACAUGCAAGUGGCACCAAAGUCUUGUAUUGUGGAAGUUGAUGCUCGAAAUUUUGAAAUAGUUUGGCCGAAUUUACAGAAUGACAUGCGAAAUGCCACAUUUAUGUCACUGGAUACCGAGAUGAGUGGACUGGGAAGUAAUUCGCAUAUCUUUCAGAGUAAUGCAGAUGAUCGGUACAAAGCUCUAAGACUUGCAGCAGAAACAAGAUCCCUCAUAUCUAUUGGUAUUUCAUGUUUUAAAUAUAUAGGCAACAAUGAGAUGAAUGAAACCGAUUGUACGGAAACUUCAAACAUGAUUAGUUACCAUGCAAAUGUUUAUAAUAUAUUAUUACUCUGCGAUGACAGUUUUACAAUAGAUCCUAGCGCUGUAUCCUUUUUGGUGAAGCAUGGGUUUAAUUUCAACUUGCAAUUUUCUAAGGGUCUGAAAUAUAAGAAAGGUGAUUUUAAUCCAAAGAAAAGUCGUUCUGAUGAUUCACAUUCAUCAGCAAGAAAAAUCUUCAAUGAGAUUAUUAGGGUACGGAAACCAAUUGUUUUUCACAACGGUUUUGCUGAUUUGGUGUUCCUUUAUCAAUGUUUCUAUGCGUCGUGUCCCAAAAAACUUUCUGUAUUUCUUGCGGAUGUCAGCGAAAUAUUCCCAAGCGGCAUUUAUGAUACAAAAGUUAUCGUUCAUUUGCUCGAAAAAUUUAAUUCAUCAUUUCUGGAAUAUGUAUGUAAAAGUUAUCAGACUUUGAAUCACAGACGGUCUGCAAAAAGUAAGCCACAUAUUUUACUUACCCUGGGUGAAAAUAAUUCUUCUAUAGAAGAAUUUAUUGGUUUAGUGCCAUCAAUAGAAUCGGAAGCCAUGGAUUUCAAAGUAUGUUUGAAUUUUGCCAAAUAUGGAUGGUGCAAAAAUAGUGAAAAAUGCAAUUUGAGUCACAAUAUUUCUGAUAUAAUUGCCCAAGAAUUAAUUGGUAAACGCAAGAAAUCUAAGAAGAGAAAACAUUCUAAUGAGAGUUCUGAUGCGGAUGACUCAACACCUUGUAAUGGGCAAAGUGACACAAAAACCAUGAAAAUGAAUGUUGAAGAGCAAACCUUAAACCUUGAAGAUAAAACAGUUGAUGAAAAGCAUACUCAAGGAACAGUUUGUCAUAGAGCGGGCUUGGAUUCAUUAUUGACAGGAUAUUCUUUUGCAGUUUUUACUGCUAUUCAUAGUACCAAUGAGCAAAAACAUAAUGAAAGCGAAUCCUUGACGCCUAGCACAUUUUCAUCCAUACUCCCACAUUUAUGUGACUCUUUCAAAUCAUCCAUUAAAAAUAAGGUAUACUUGAAUGGAAAAAAUAACACUUUAUGGAUCACGAAAAGCCAUUUCUCAAAAACAUCACAGAGUCAUGAAGAUAAUAUUUUAAGAAUCUUUCUUGAAUGAUGCUGCAGUAACUGUGUUAAUCUCAAAUAUUUGAAUUUUUAGUGUAAGCCAUUCAAAAUAAAAUUAAUUCAUA